AUGCACAUACGUCAUGUAUUACUGAAGACGAAAAGUAUCAGAAGAGCGAAACCCAAUGCCCAUGUGCAUGAUACCCAGAAGCACGCCAAGCAGGAAGAUGCUAAGCGCGAUGCUAGCAAUGAGAGAGUAGAGACAAAAAGCAUUACCGAUGAUUCUUGCAAGAAACGUAAGCGCGGAUUGAGUUUGCCGGAAGCAAAUGUUGACGCGCGUGCCAUGAAAAAGAAACUGAACAGUUUGAGUAAGGACGAUGAAAAAGCAAGCACACUUUCUAUCAAAAGCGUAAAGCAGAGGAUGGAUGCAGAAAGGAUCAAAUCGACGAUCGUGACGUUGGAAGACGGGGGCAGCGCCCCUAUUUCCCUGAAGAAAAUUGUCAAACAACUCGCCAAAGAGAGUCGCGAAGAUGCCGAUGAUAUCCGUUCUGAGCUUCUUAAAAAGCUCAAAGUGUUUAUCACACCCAAGGGUGCUCUCUCGUUGACAUUCUAA